AUGCGCUUCAAGGCAUCGAUACAGAACAUAACAACCUUUACGAAGCUUACGGCAUCGCUUAAUUCGCUCGGCCCGCUUGCGUGGGUCAAACUGAGUGAGGAGCAGGUAUGCUUCACAAUUAUUCCGGAACAGGGCACCCAAGUAUGGGCUGUUCUUUCUAUUGACGCCAUCUUUGAAACCAUCAGCGUGCAAUCGGCAGCAAACAAUGUCAUCAACCUUGAAGUACCCCUGGCAUCGCUUAAUCGCGCUCUGAAAUCAGCGGUCAAUGCGACAUCAGCUCAGAUACGCCUUACAAAGAAGGACAAUCUGCCUAUGCUCGCUCUCACCAUCGUUACCACCACAUCGUCCAACACAUACAGCGCCUUCCCCACAGGCAACAAUGAUGGCUUCGAUACUGCCUUUGACAGUGAAUUUGGCGGGGGAAACCGUGAGACAAUCGUGACCCAAGAGAUACCCGUGCGAGUGCUCGCGCCAGACACAGUUGCUCACUUGCACGAGCCAGCCUGCCGGGAGCCAGAUGUGCACAUUAUACUGCCACCUCUGAUGCAGCUCAAGAGCAUCAGUGACAGAUUUACCAAGCUAGCGCUCGCAGACACAAAGAUAGGAAGUACCAACACGUCGGCUAGAACGCGCUUGGAAAUCGCAGCAAACAUGCAUGGCUGUUUGAAGAUGAGUAUCAGAUCUGAUGCCAUGAACAUCUCGUCUAUCUGGACCGAUCUCAAUAACCCAGAACUGGAUCCGGGUCACGUGGCAGGAGGGGAGAAUGGCAUUGCGGAGCACCCCAGUACGCGCAUGAAGCAGCUUGGGAGCGCCGAUGGGCGAAGCGAUGAAGGCUGGGCUGUGGUGCGUAUCGAUGGGCGUGAUUGGGGCAAAGUCAUGAGCGUCGGUAGACUGGGCGGGCGGGUCAUUGCAUGCUUCUGCCAUGAGCACGCUUUGAUCUUGUAUGUUUACUUGCCUAACGAUAAUGGCGAGGAUGAGUCGGUCUUGACGUACUUUAUUAGCUCCUACAGCGCAUAG